AUCACACUGAAACACUUAGAAAAGAGUAAAACGCGAAGCCUAUCUCUCAUCUUUUUGUUAUACAAUGAAUAGUGAAAACCAUGUCAUGCUGUCCAACAAAGUGGUUAAAAAUUCAAACGACCUUCCUAUAGUGGUUGUUAUGGUUCCUUUACCUGCACAAGGUCACUUGAACCAACUACUCCACCUCUCCCACCUCAUCUCCACCUUCCACAUCCCAGUCCACUUCCUUGGCACUCCCACCCACAAUCGCCAAGUCCAACUUCGUCGUGUUCAUGACAACAAUAGCCACCCAUUAAUUCAAUUCCACGACUUUGAUAUCCCUCCAUUUCCCUCUCCUCCUCCCAAUCCUACUGCAUCACAUAGAUUUCCUUCCCAUCUCAUCCCCUCAUUCAUUGCUGCUGCUCUCCAUCUCCAACGCCCCCUCGCUGCCUUCCUACGCACUCUCUCAUCUAAAGUGAGACGACUUGUCGUCAUCCACGACUCACUAAUGUCGUCUGCCCUACAAGAUGUCAACGCCAUUCCCAACACUGAAUCCUAUUGCUUUCACUCUGUAUCCGCCUUCACCGUUGCUCAUAGCUUGGAGCGUAAAGAGCUGUUUGUAAACGACGGAUACAAAGAUGGUGAAAUAACAACACCCACUUACCAACAAUAUUUUCCUAAAGAACUGAAUGUAGUAUCGAUGGAACAAUGUUUUCCACCAGAAUUUUUGGAGUUCAUUGGAUCUCAGUUUCGUCAUCUCCCAAAAAUGGGAGCUGGAAAAAUUUAUAACACUUGUAGAGUUAUUGAAGGAGAGUUUUUAGAGGUGAUUCAAAGGAUUGAACCUGAGUUUCGUCAUUGGGCUUUGGGUCCUUUCAACCCUCUCAAAAUCUCCAAGAAUGGGGGCAACAACAAACAGUCAUCUUGUAGCCAUAGCUGCAUGGCAUGGCUGGACCAACAAGAGCCAAGAUCAGUGAUCUACAUCUCAUUUGGGACAACUACAGCAAUGACAGACGAACAAAUAAAAGAAAUAGCAAUUGGGUUAGCAAGAAGUGAUCAAAAAUUCAUUUGGGUCCUUCGAGAUGCGGACAAGGGCGACGUGUUCGAUGUCAAUGAGAUUCGAAAAUCAAAUCUGCCAGAGGGUUAUAGCAACUUAAUUGGCAAUCAAGGGUUGGUAAUAAGAGAUUGGGCACCCCAAUUAGAGAUUCUGAGUCAUUGGGCGACAGGAGGGUUCAUGACGCAUUGCGGUUGGAACUCAUGCAUGGAGAGCAUAACGACGGGGGUCCCAGUAAUUGCUUGGCCAAUGCACUCUGAUCAGCCGAGGAACACAGUGCUUAUGACUAUGGUCUUGUGUGUCGGGGUGGCACUCAAAGAGUGGCAACAAGAACUGGUGAUAGCAGAUGCUGUAGAGGAGGUGGUUAGGAAGUUGAUGGCGUCGGAGGAAGGGGCGGAGGUGAGGAGGAAUGCAGAGAGAUUAGGGAAUGUUGUGCGACAAUCGCUGGAAGAAGGCGGUGAGUCUCGUCAGGAAUUUGAGGCUUUUAUAGCUCAUAUUACUAGAUAGAUUUUAGUUCAAAAUUAUAUGUGAGGAUAUCAAAGUUGUUUGUUUAUUGCACCAGCUUUCGUAAGUGUAUCCACUUACACACUCUACUUUACAUAACUUCUUUUACUGGGGUUUAUUCUACAACAAAUAUUGUGUGAAACUUAUCAUUUUUGCAUUGGUUAAAUUCUUAUUUUUCUCAUAUAA